CCGCGGCAGCCCCAGCCCCGCUCCCACCCCCUCGCCUGCCCCCACCCUCCUUCCCUUUCUCUCGCUCUCUCGGCGAGAGCGGCGUGCCUCCCUUCGCAGAUGGCAGCCGGCAGCGCCAUGCAGCCUCCCGUUCCUCCGCCUCCUCUCCCUCCUCUCCGGCUCUAAGUUAAUGCCAUGCUGCCGCUGCUCCUCCCGGCACUGCUGGCCGCCUGCCUGCCGCCCUGCCAGGGCUGGAGCCCCUCGGCGGCUGCCAGCGGGCAGGAGGAGCAGGAGCAAGAGCUCUUCUUGCCCCCUGUCAACUCUUCCUCCCGCUCCUUGGCCAGCCUCGAGAUGGACCUCGACGGGGCAGCAAGCAAGGAGGAAGGCAGCACCGCCAGCCCGGGCACGCCGGCUGCCCCUAGCCGAGAGCCUUUCCCUUCCGCUCCCACCUCCUCCGGGCAGCAGCAGCAGCAGCAACAGCAACAGCAGCAACGUCCCCAGCCGCAGCCCGCCGAGGACCCGCACUGCAAUAUCAGCGUGCAGCGGCAGAUGCUGAGCUCGCUGCUGGUCCGCUGGAGCCGCCCGCUGGGCAUCCAGUGCGACCUCCUGCUCUUCUCCACCAACAGCCACGGGCGGGCCUUCUUCUCCGCCGCCUUCCACCGGGUCGGGCCGCCGCUGCUCAUCGAGCACCUGGGGCUGGCGGCCGGCGGAGCCCAGCAGGACUUGCGCCUCUGCGUGGGCUGCAGCUGGGUGCGGGGCAGGCGGGUCGGGCGCCUGCGGGGCGCCGUGCCUCAGGCCGCCGCCGCCGCCUCUUCCUCCUCCUCCUCCUCGUCCUCUUCCUCGCUCUCCUACCCGCCGAUGGCGGAGCCCGGCCAGUACUGGCUGCAAGGGGAACCGCUGAAUUUCUGCUGCCUGGAUUUCAGCCUGGAGGAGCUGAAGGGGGAGCCGGGCUGGCGGAUGAACCGCAAGCCCAUCGAGUCUACCUUGGUGGCUUGUUUCAUGACACUGGUCAUCAUCGUGUGGAGCGUGGCCGCCCUCAUCUGGCCGGUGCCCAUCAUCGCCGGCUUCCUGCCCAACGGCAUGGAGCAGCGCCGCAGCACCGCCGCCGGCACCGCCGCCGCCGCCGCCAAGUAGCCUCUCCCGGUGACGCUCCCCCCCCCCCCCCUUCUCUUCGUCGUGUGGUGUGGAGGGACGCGGGGCGGCCGCCUCCCGCCGGGCCGAACUCUGUCGUGGUUUUCUUGUUUAAAGCGUGUCACAGGGUGCGCGGCGGGAGCGGGCGGCCGCGGGGCGCGGGGCGGCCGCGGCGGCCUCGGGGCCCGGCCCGUCCUGAGGCGAGCCGUCCUGAGGGGAGCCGUCCUGAGGGUGAGGGGAGCCGUCCCGUCCCGUCCCGCCGCGCCGCCCGCCCCGCCGCCGGAGACGACCGGCUCCUGUGUGCUCGUUUUAUAUCUUUAAUACCCGUUUUAAACGAACCUUUUAGUAAAAAAGAAGGAAAAAAAAAAAAAAAGCCCCCUCCACCCCACUGCCCCCAAAUCAACGCAGGAAAUAAAAGACCCUCCCGUUCAAUCGCGUUUGUGGUAGUUGGAGUAGCUUUUUUUGUGUAUGAGUACAGUUUGAGCGGGUUUUUUCUUUAUUUACAGAAAGGGAAGUCUCUUUUUGGCAGGAUCGAGAACUGAAGCAGUAUAUAUAUUGUUAUUGCUGAAGCUGAACUUUAAUGAACCUUUUACACUGUAUUUCCCAGUUGAGAUAGUGUGUACUUAUUAUUGUAGCUCCGCGUUACUUGGCUUUUAAUACAGAGGUUUUCUUUCUGGAGCCACCGUCGCCUUUUGUUGGUCUGUUUCCGCCAGGGUGGAACAGAGGGUUUGGCCGGCCUCCUGUCUGCACACCGGCUGCGAAGCUCCUCUUUCCUCACGACAUGAUGUUACCAGGGUUGUUGGUGGAAAAAGGGGAACCCCAAACCCUUUCUGAAUGGUGUUUGCCCUAUCCAUACAGUAGAUUUAGGUCUAUAUGCCUACACCGGGGUUGGGUGGGGUGAGACGUGGAGCAUGUCUGUGCCAGAGAUCCUCCAAGGCCAUUUACUUCCCACAGCUCCACCGACUAUGACUUUCUCCUCAGUUUGAGGUCGGGUGCUUUCGGUCCCGGAAAGAAAAGGGCCACUCUUUGAGAUGUGUUAAAAGCAGCGUGGGGGCAAGUCUCUGACUUCCACAAAGUGCAUUCCUCACAAACAACUCGGAUGCAGUGUAUUUGUUGGAGGCAUGGUAAUAUCGUACCUCUUUUUCAUCUACCGGUCUGCAGGGCUGCUCACAGAAAGCCUGUGGGGUGGAGGGAAGGCAGGAGCUGCCGGUCCAGAACUAGACCACGGCUACUGCUGUGCAAGCAUGCAAAGAGGAAAGAUUUGCAAGAUUUCUUCUUUCUUUGUCGAGCACACAGUUGCAUAGCCUGAAAUACCAUUUGUUGUGUACUUCCAACUGUUUAGCCUUAGAAGAAGUUGUUUCAUCUGACUUAGACAUGAUUAGUCCAGCUGAAGUUUCUAAAACCAAAAUGUAAGCUAAGUGAGAAAGAUCUGCAAUAUGAAUUCUCAUUCCUUUGUCAACAUCAAUGGAUUUAAUUUGUUAAGAACACAUGAACUCACUCGGGGCUGAUUUGGUGUAUUUGUAAUGUUGUUUUCUUCCCUGUGGUUUGGUGGAAAUGACUGAAUGAAAAGUCUGGAAGGAUUAAAUUCUUAGGAUUCCUAUUUUUUUUAACUGAGAACAAAAUAAAAUAAAUGCAUGCUCUAUGUGUAUGCUAUCUAGAAAAAAAAAAACCAAAACGCAGAGAGAAAAAGAUUGACAAACAGCAGAAAUAAAUGAAGAUCUUAAAAUGUUCCAUGUUACUGGGCUACGUCUAAACCCUCUGUUUCUCCUAUUGAUCUUAAUGGGCAUGUCACUUGAGUAAACACUGCAGUAGUGUUGUUUUCAGAAAUUAGAGAAUCCAGUCACUGUGAGAAAUGUUCAUUUGACCUGUUGAUAUCCAAAGGGCACCUUCCCCUGUACGCUUCAUUUACAGAUCCCCACUUUUCUUUCCUUGAUGUGAAAAAUGUAGUGUCAUUUCUGCCUUGUGCAAAUUCUUUUGUGCACAGGCAUGCGACAUGCUAGAGAGUAACUGCUAUAAUGCCCAGUGUGACGGAGAAGCCUCUUCAUACUGAAAGGGAAGGCUAGCAAGAGAACACGAAGCUGAUGUUAACACCCUCCUGAAAGAGAAAUGCUCUACAUAUGGAAUAAACCUCAGAAGAGUUGCCAUGCUAGGAAAGAAUUUCUUCUUUUAAAUGAAGAUGCACUUAGGCAGAGAGUUUCUUCUAUUGAAUGAGAUACUUUUAGGCAGUGAGUUAACUUUUUUUGGAAGUUUUGCUGGCUUUGUAGCACACAAUGCAUAGCACUCCCUGUGAUCCAGGGAGCCUGUGCCGGUGCUUAAACUCAAGGUUGGAAUCUCUUUUUUGCUUAUCCUAGUUUCACCAGUGACAUGCUGUUGUUUUUUUCUGAAUUGCCUCAACAUAAGCAAGAGAAUGGUGUUACUGUCUGAAACGGGCAGCUUCAGUUAUUAAAGGUUUAUUAUUUGCAGUUCUUGCAGACACCUACCAGGUGGUACAGCAAAACUCGUACAAAAUGGUUUGUGUCUUCUACCUAUAUCAGCUUGAAUACAAACCUUGUGAACAGGCAGUGCCACUCAGAAUAUUCUGCUGCUUCACUUAAAAACUGUGAUGGAAAAGAGAUUUGCUUGUAGUUCUUCUAUAAAUACGCUUGUAAGUGGAGCUACUGUUAAAAAUCUGCUAAAACAUGAAAUGUUUAAAACAGGGAUGGCAUUAAACAAAUAAACACACCCAAAAGGCAAAUCUUGCCCAGAAUACAAAAACCUGCAACAUUUUCAGGGAGUACUGAUCUCAGACACAAUGUGCAAAGAACGCUUUUGAGUUAGGGAAAGUGUUUCCUUAGAUUGCAGUAACCCUUGGGGUAAGCAUGUUCCCUUCGCAGAGAGAGGACAGCCCAUGUUUCUGUGCCUGCAGAGGGUGCAGAGAUGACCUGAUAUACGGGGUUUAGCCUGGACCUAACUCCCUGAACCCUGGGGUUUCAGUGUGGUGGCAGCAGGGUUUCUCCUGUAAAGAACAGAGGAUGGAAAUGCAUUAUGCAGACCGUGAGCUUUCUUCAGUCACUAUUACAUGUAGGGUCAAUAACCCUGCUCCCAGAGCUGUGGCUGCUACUAUGACACUACGUAAUCGGUAAUUCUGAGUAACAAAAGGUACACGCAGCUUUCCCCCGCAUCUCUGGGAAUUUCAUCUGCAUCAAACCUGGAAGAGCCGAGCCCAGAGCAAUGUGAAACGAUACAUCUGCACACCAGCUAGUUUUAGAUUGCAACUUUGGACACUUCAGUGUCUAUUUAUUUUCUUUUUCACUGGCAGUGGACCUUUAUUGCCUCUUUACUGGGGAUGAUUCUAAGCCAUUUUUAGUCGUUUGGAUUUAUUUUUAAAACCAGUUGGUAGGAGGGUCAGCACGAGAGCAGAUUAGUCGCCAUAUAUAAUCCUUCAUAUACUCAGGUAGGGCAUAUAUAUGCAUACAUAUACAUACAUCUAUACAUGAGAACUUACUGUGUAGAACAGAAAGUCAAAAGGGAGAGAAAGGAUGGUGAGAAACAAAUGCAAGUAAUACUGGUUUUCCUUCACUAACAAUUUGCUGGAUUGUGUUUCCUGGCAAGUUAUCCUGACUUUAUUUAUGUACGUGUUUGUUGGAAAGCAAGGGAUACCUAGAAACAGAGGUAGUUCUUGAUUUCCUUUUUAUGUAAUUCAACUCUAUUACAGAUUUUUUUUCAUUCCAGGAACCGGGAACUCUCUCCAGAGAGAGAUUCAGCGUUAGAAGGUAGUAGGCUUUUAUGCUCGUAUUAGACUGGUACAUUUUUUUUGCUUAUAUUCAGACCUCAGAAUUGAAUCUCUCUCCCUCAUAUAUUUUCUUAGUCACGUUUUACAGAUGUACUAGAAGCAGAAGUGUACAGAUCAACAUGUAGUUUUAGCACGGACAGUUUUGCUGUUACUUGGUGCCACAUUGAUUCCCAUAAUAAAAAUAUAAAAAUGUAGUACAGUAUAAUAAUAAUUAUCUAUUAUGUAAGCAUAUUGCUGUUCAAUAGAUUAUCGGUAAUCAAGAGCAUUUUUGUAUGUCAGGAGGUAUGUGGAUAUUUGGGGCAAAAUUGCCAUACUUGGAUAAAUGUGAGAGUUGUUACUUAUUCAGGACUUAGCUCACCAGUGCUUUAGGUGAUUAAUAUAACUGCAACAGCAGUACUAUUUAUGCAGUGAAUAUUACUCAAUAUGAGUAAGGGCUACUGAACCAGGUCCUAAAAAAAACUAAUCAAAAGCCUUAGUUGGCUGAGUAAGUAUUAUUCAUCGUGACCUCCGCUUGCUAAAUAUAAGUAUCUCCAGGGCUGACAUUACGUGAUCCCAGGGGCCGAGCAAAAGCCCAGUGAAAUCAAAUAGUUAAUUGAAGUUUUGUGUGACUGAAGAUCAAAGAAUCUAUUUUAAAGACAUAUAUCUAGAUAUAAGAGUAGGUAUUACAUUCUUGUUCCUCUCUGGUUUUUAUACACAUACUUUAUAAAUCCAAAGCCAGGAUUUCUCAGGCUAGUGUAGGGCCUUGCUAGUUUGGAAAUCAACUUCUUUCUGAAGCUGGUGAAAAAGUGCCUGUUAUUUAUCAAGGAAUUUUACUGAAUAAAUAUUGGGUUUUUUUCAACAUAUUGCAGGGAAAGGACUUGAUUUUUCAACAAACAUUUUUAAUCAUUCUGGGAAAAUGUGUAAAUAUCAAAUCCCAAGUGUCAUCAGAUUUCAAAACAUAACUAAUCUUUUUAACCAGUAACUGAUUUUUAAAAACAUGUUUUUAAACAAAAACAUUGGUUUCCAUUUUCCCCCUCAGAAGUAUAACAUUUCAAUGAAGAUCAGAAGUGCAUUUGAGUGUUUCACUUUGCAAAAGUGAUUUUGUGGGGAAAAAAAAUCUCUUCUGUUAUUUGAAAUUGAUAACAGCUCAUGACAGAUAAGGUACUACAUUUCUUGUCCCAUCUUCAUAAUAGAUCUGGUUAAAUAAGUUGUCUGAAACAAUUGUACAUUAAAAAAAAAAAAAAAGUAGCUUAGCCUGUUUGUUUUGUUUCUGUUCUAUUAUGCCAAGGGAGAAAGCAGCCUGGUAUAAAAUCUGGGAUAUUAAAGAUGUUUACUGGAAAUGUCUGGAUGGUGUUUAAUUAGAUUUGUGGCUAGACUAAGUCUCACAAUCCAAACAUCUUCCAACUCUUUAUAACAUUUGGAUUCAUAACUGAGUGUAGCAGUUUGAUCAUUUAUAUGACAAUCAGAGUCUCUGGAUCUGCAUGUUGGGGAAAGCCAGGAUCUAAAACCUUAUCUCUUAUUUUAGCUUUCUUAUUAUCUCAACAGGUUACCAAUGUCAGAGCAAAACUGGAAGAUCCAAAUAUCCUAUGAAAUGCUGUGUGUUUCUGUGUGUUUGACUUGUUCUUAGCUUUCAUAGAAAAACAUCUGAUUAAUGAGACAUGAGUUUGAGAUCAAUGCUGUUCUGAGGAAGUGAAUUCACUGGGAGUGUAGUCUUAAAUUAUAUUUUUGUUCCUCGUAAGGUGAGACUUGCUAGAAGCAGAGGGACCUUACCUUGGUGUCAUUCUGGGUGUUGCUAAGCAACAUGAAGUGGUUAAAAUGGAGAUACAGAAAAAAAGCAUAGAGGAUUAAAGGAAACAUAGAAAAAGCAUAAAAGAGAGCAAAUGUGCCAGCACAUUCUGCAAAGAAGUUGCAAAGUAUCAACUGUGAAAAAGAGAGCGAUUAAGAUCAUAGAGAAAAAAAAGAAAGCUGACACAAGAUGAAUUAGGAACUUGAUUCCGUACUUCAUAUUCAAUCAAAUUUUUCAGUGCUUUGCUUGAAUAAUUGAUUGCAGUUUUGGCCCAUAAUGGCAAAAGAGAGUAAGAGCCAGGGAAGAAAUGGGAGGCUCAAGAAAAAUUAAGAGUGGAACCACCAUACCAUAAAUAAAAAGAGAAGAGAAAUCACUCUACAUAUUGCUGGAAACCAAACAAUGAAAUGGCAAGGCUCUCUCUUGCAUAUACUAUCUGCUCUAAUUUUGCUUCAGAUGAUCUCUGAGGUUGUGAGGAAAACAUGCUAAAUGUUGUUUUUAUGGAAUGGAUAUGGUUCUUCAAUCAUAUCUUGCUUUGAUCCAUGUCAAAUACAUGUUUCUCACUGUCCAGCACAAGAAUGUUCAUCAUAACUGUAUUAAAGCUUUUUACCUGAACUGAA